AUGGUUUUUGCGACGAUGGUGAGGUGGGCGGCGAAGAAGCCGAAGCCGAAGAUGAAGCCCAUCGAGCUGAAGACCCCACCGGAGCAGACGCAGACCAUCACCCGCACCCUCUUCGACAUCGUCCGAGAGCACGGGCCUCUCACUAUCGGCGAAACCUGGGAUCGCGUCAAGGUCUCCCACUCCUCCUCCCCCCCCCCCAUUAUAACCUCCCGACUUCCACGCUGCUGUCGUCCGUCAAUAACCUGCCGGUACAUUUUCCCUGCUUUAUAUCUGUUCUCGUUGGGUGGCCGGUAGUAGGAUUGGCAUUUAGGUAUGAUAGUAGGAUUGCCAAAAUAUUGAUGUGAUGAUUUCCAGAGGAUCAAACUCCGAUCAACUGUCUGGGAAAAUCCAGACGGCCUAAAUUCUCCUAUAGCGCAUCUAAAAUAGGAUAAGUUACUAGCAAUUCCAAUAAAAUGUUGGUCACUAAUCUAGUCCAAGGGCUCCUUCAUAUUCAGUAUGGAAGGGGAGAUGAGAGAGUUUGGCCUCUAGUUCUGUUAGACAUGCUGAUUCUUCCUCUGACGAUCUUUUAAUGUCCAUUCUUCGUUUUAUUUCCUUUCCUCCCCUGAAAUGAGAUCAUCAACCUAGAAAACUCUAUGGCUUUUUUGGCAUCAAUUAGUGAUCCCUUGAUUACUGCUUUUCCGUAAAUUUCUCCUCUCCUCCUCAUUAAGCUCAUCAGAUAGAUGGUUUAAUUAUAUUUUUGGCAUAAAUUGUGUGGAGCUUUUUGGGGACAGUACAUCCGAUCUCAUUCUCUUACCAGUAGGAUCUCUUCUGGAGCAAAAGUGUAGUAAUUGCCAACUUUUUGGGACUCACAUUAAUGGCUGGCUUUCAUGAUAAGCUGUUUCACCGUUAGGAUUGAAUGCUAGAGUUUCCCAUUAUUUCCCCUUUAAAUAUCAUAUUCUUCCUUCAUAAUUUGCUAUUGUUAGCAAUUUUCCCACAACUCUUCUUGGUUUUGUCAUUUUCGCCCUCUAUUAUUUUCCCUAUGGUAGAUCAGCCAGCAUCCUACGGUUAUCAAAGAAAUCCUGAAACUUUCAAAUACGCCACUGGCAGUAUUUUUAUCUGAAAAGGGUAGGAUCAUUGGGAAUUGAGGCAUAAAGUUGAGGAGUUCAGGAGGAGUCUAUGGAUGACCUGCCCAUGGCUGACAACCAAAGCUUGCUGUUUCUUAUCGUAGAAUGAAGUUAUAGUGUAUCCGGAUUUCAUACGACCAGAGCUGCUGAUCUGGCUAUUCUACCUAAUUUUGGAUUUUAUAUGAUAAAAAAAGAAUGAUUAUUACAGUCAUGCAUGUAAAUAUAAUCAGAGUAACUGAAAAGGGUGCAUUUGUACGAUAAAGAGUCAACUUUGCCAUUCCUCUUCUUCUGAUUCGAUUCUGACAGCUGGAGAGCAGAAGUUCUGGCAGCUGCACUGCUGAAUAAAAAGUGGUCAUUCCAAGUAAGAUCAAAUCAGACCAGACAGUAACUCACCCUACCUUCCUGGAAUUAUAAAGUUUCAGGCAGAUUCUGCCGCAUAAACUGGUCCUGCUCAUCCCAGUUUUAUGCUGUUAUUACGUCCAUUUCAGAUAUUAAAGCCUGGAUUCAAGACUUUAUGGUAAAAAAAUACUCCACGAAGCCAAUCUGUCAGCAUUCCGAAAGGAGUUCAGGAGAUAAAAAACCCUAUUUCUUUAUUAUUUAUAAGAUUAAGACACUGUCUUCACAGAAAUUGAAGAGGCAUCAAUGUUAAAAUUUACUUUUUCCACCAACCUCCUGGGGAUGUUAUUGUCAACAGAAACUACAUGAGAAGAUAAGACCUCAACAAUUUGGAGUGAUUAUGGUUGAUAUUUCGUUAUUUAGUCUCUCUGCGAAAGGCUCUUUGAACUCCGUUCAUAUUGAUAUCUCAUUUCAUUAUAGGCAUAUUUCGCCUCUAUUUUUUUCAUUCUGGGUCAUUUUCUCAUGGCAUGCUAUUUGUUUAUGGUUUACUCGGUACUUCCACAAAUCUCCCCAUAUUAUUGGCUCCCAGGUUCUCUCCUUCAUGCAAUCUGCCAAUCAGGGAAAAAUGACUAGUAUUCCAUUACAGCUCUUUUCUUAACUAUUAUAUCCCAUUCAUUAUUUUCAUACUUUUUGUCUUAUCGUAUGAAUUUACUUAAUGAAUCAGAGCGCUUUCGACUUGAUGCCCUCUAUAUUUUCUGAAACAUAUCGAGUAAUCUUUCCGUGGUUAAACUUGUCCUGAAGUUUUUCUGGUUGCCAAAACUUUUCUGGGACGAAAAUGGGUAAAAACUUUCCUUCGAGAUAUUGGGUCGUCCACAUCAAAACCUAUAAUGACUUGAAUCGCAGGUUUGUUUCUCUAUUCUUAGUAAACACCGGGAUUCAAGGUGCAAUCAUGCCAUCAUGCUAUUCUCCAGAAAAUCUCUACUUGGAAACAGUUAAUCAUCACCAUUGGUGCCUCAGAUGCUGUGCACAUGUUCAUAUAAUUAAUAAUGUAAAAUCAUUACUUCAACAGUACAUUGGGAUGAUUAUUACAGACCACAUCUAUUUUAAGUCGCCUCUUUCAGAGUUAUUUCUGCAAGUCUAUGUACUCCAGAUCAGUUUUCUCCAGGGAUAUUUCCCAGAGAGGAGGGAUUCGUACGCAUUCUGACUUGCAUGAAAAACUUGACGACCUUUUCUUCAACGAAUAGCCUUUUAAUUUCCAUUUAUAAUUGAUUAGAAAAGAUAUUAGCUUCCAGUUCCUGAUAAAAUUUGUUUUCUUCAUAUUUUAAUUUUUUAUUCGAUUUGGCAAGUUGAAAUCAUCUGUGGCAAACUUUUUCUGGAUAAAUCCCAGGAGGUUGGCUUGACUGGCCUGACGAGCAAGAGGCAUAUGAAAAUAUUGCUGAGAUGGAUGAGGGAGAGGCAGAAACUACGGAUGAUCUGCAACCAUUCUGGCGACCACAAGCAAUUUCUGUACACCACGUGGUUUACACAGGCUAAGCUCAAUCCGGAAAGGCCUGGUAAACAAGAUGAUCACUGA